AUGUCUCGCUUCCAAUCUUCUUCCUACAACCGCAGUGUCCCUGGAGCUGCUGGUUCCAACUCUACUUCCAACAUUUCGGCCCUCCGCGGUCCUGGAUAUCAAGUUCCACAAACCUUUUCCAUUCUCCAAACCUCACACAUCCGUCCUCUCCGCGUCCUCGCGUGUGACAACAAAACCGGACCCUCCUUGGAACCUUCAACCCUCCAAUCAACAUCUAGUCCCAAACAUACAAAAGAAUCUUUUCCUUUGUCACCAUCAUCUUCGCUAACAUCAUCAUACUAUUCAGAUUCUCUGUCAUACGAGUCGAUCGAUUGGUCGGCUCUCGAAAUCAAACCACAUAUGCGACAUAACAAUCCCAUGGACAACUAUCGGUCCCCUACGAUGUACAACGACUCCACCACUGAAGAAUGGGCCACCUCUAGUGAAGGGUCCGGGUCGAGCGACCUUCUUCCAAUUCAUUCUCCCUGCAUCAGAGUAGACCUUCUACCUGGUGCCCACGUUCUCUACGCUCCAACUCCAACUCCCAUUCCAUUUGUUUGCAAUUUUCCCUUCGAUCCAUUUUGCGAUCAUCACACUCCUUCAACAACCCCACUCCUCAAAUUCAAACUCCCCAUUGACAGGUUAGCUGACACCCCAAGUACAGCGACACAACACUCCUUAUCUUGUGACUCUUCAGUCGUUGCUGAAGAUGGUUCACGAAAUAAUUCCCCUCAGCAACCGGUAGUAUACAAGCAAAUCCCCUUUUUCAAGAGAGCUAAAAAGAAGACAUUUAGUGAACUGUUUUUAGAGUUGACCCUCAAAGAAGAUCGCAUCAUGUCUCAACCAAACGUAAUAUUUCCAGAUUGGCCUUUCAGUGAAGGUUCGAUGAUGUCCACGUCAUUAGCUCCAUCUCCUUUGUCAGUCCCUUCCCCCCAGCUAAUCCCCAAAAAACCGAAGCGAAAGCUUCGUGGUAGGUUUACAGAUGCACGCCCCAAAAUUGCGAUUCCGGAACCAGAGAUCAUUCCGGAACCAGAGAUCAUUCCAGAACCAGAGGCCAUUCCAGAAAUUUCCGAAGCAUCUUCCAUCGAGGAUGAUACUAACACGACAGCCGACUAUCCGUCCUCACUCGACAGCUACUACCCCAAGGCCAUUUCAGAACUAGAGACCACACCGGAGCCAGAGUUUAAUCCAGAAAUUUCCGAAGCAUCCUCCAUCGAGGACGAUACUAACACGACAGCCGACUAUCCGUCCUCACUCGACAGCUACUACCCCAAGGCCAUUCCAGAACCAGAGACGACACCGGAGCCAGAGACUAUACGGGAGCCAUGGACCAUACCAGAACUGAAGACCAUGCCGGAGCCAGAUACCACCCCAUCGACGAUUACCAUUGCUCCACCAGAGCAAUCCUGGAUCCACCGACACCAAGAGACGAUCAAACAAGUCGCCACCUGGGGACUUAUUGCAGCUGCAAUGAUAUCUCCAAAGUUUCUUUCGAAAUGGUAA